UCGCAAAUUCACCCACGACAAACAGAGUGCAUGGCCGCACUAUACCUUCACCAAGCCCUGUUCGUGAACGAUGCCCCUGCGCCUACCUCACAGCAAAAUAGGACCAGCCGUGGCAUGUACGAUCUUUCGCUGUCUGGAGUGACCCUGCGCACGUCUACUUCGGAAAGUUCCCACCCUACCGAACCCUUGCUUAAUGGUCUCCAUGCGCCGUCUGCGGCCUACCUGGACAUACUUGCCAGCCAGCCCAUCUAUUACGAAUCGAAUAGGACUUCAUGGAUGACAGGGCUGUCCCUCUCAGAUGAUCUGGUGCUAUCAAGCGAGCGCAAACGGCAGCGGGAACGUCAUCUAGUACACACAAAGCUGCGCCGACUGCGAUGGGCAAACCACUUCCUCAUGAGCUUGAUUGCCGCAUGGGGCGUCUACACCGCAGUCCGCUAUUUUGUGGCCUUCACUAUUUAUACAGCGCGGGAUCGCCAUAUCGCUCUGCUCGUGCUCGGCGUCGCGUCUGCACUUUCGUUCGUUACCACUCUACUUACGCUUGUCCUAUCGUUUCUUGCUCGGCGUCUCGACUCGCGGCAUCAACCACGUUCGAUACAUGCACGCAUCUUUCCUUUCCUCAGCCUUGUAGCAUCCGUGUUGCUACUCGGACCCGCCGUCGUCAACGUAGCAUUCGUGACCAUAUGGAGGCAUUCGGCCGAUCCUGGUUUGUCAGCGCAAGGGCGCUGUCAUGGGGAUAUCGACAUCUUGUGGACUGGCACGGGACUGCAAUGCAGCGGCAGCCAUGCUGUAGUGUGGGGUGCUUGGCUUGCAGGCUCCAUCGUGCGCCUGGUUCUCACCGCUUUGACUCUCCUUACCUAUCACAUCCUAUCGUACCGAUACCUUACUGCCCGAGCCCCACGCCACCGUAGAAGCGAACGAGCACAUACGCAUCCGAUGGCCUUCGAUGUGGAGCCGGGGACGGUCAACUCAUCUACUACGCGAAGUUCACACUCGAUGAUGUCAGUGUCCACGAUGCCCGUAGCAGCACCACAAAUGCUGCGCCAAUACUCGUCGCAUUCGCAGAGCGACUUCACGCACGAGAGCAGCAUCACCGCGGUCUCGGGCGUAUCCAGGCCUGGCAGGCUGCGAGAGUAUCACUCUCGCAUCAGCUCAGACCGUCCGCUAGGGGACGGACGGCCACGACCCGUUCUCCCGCUAAGCGCGGGCCGCUCGCUGCUAUCUUCAGACGACCACGGCGGCACGACAACACGCUUCGCCAAGGACUUCGACGCCGCGCCAGCGGGCUCCUCCGCGGAAAAUCUUUCUUCACCUCCGUUCUACGGUGAAUCUGCGCGCGCACCUUACGGCAGCGUGCCCGGGGAGAGAGCUUCUGUACACACACCUGGCACACUUCCGGAGCCAGGUGUGCAGGAUGCCGCGGAGCCGAUGAGCCCUACCACUGCGGAAGAGAUGCAGAUCUUCGCCGACCGCUUCCGCGCGAUGAUGGAGCAGGUCGCGCGCGAGACAGAAGCAGGGCUCUUGCUCGCGCACCGCGGCUCGCCUGCGCACUCGCUGCACGAGGAUCCCCAGUCGCCCGACGACGGCGACAGCGGCGACAACCACGCCAUGGCGUACGUGCCCGUCUUGGGGCGGAUCAUCACGCGGAUGCCGACGAUCGAGUCGCUCGGGUCGCGCGAGGCGUGGAGCUCCGCACCGCGCAGCGGCUCCCGCUCGGCGCACACGCUCUCGCGACCGCCCACGCGCGCGAACACGCUGACGCUGAGCGAGGUCACCGGCACGCCGUCCCUGAGCCGAAGCAACAGCAUCGCCGCGAGCGCCGUGCUCGUGAGCCCGCCUGUCGAGAGCCCACCACACAGCGCUGAGCUCUCCGCUGGGGGCACCGCGCACGCACCAGAGGCGCUGCACGGAAGCAGGAGUACAGCCUCGUGCUUCACUGACGCUGCUGCGGGGGCGUCGAAUGGUGUAGAUAGUGCGGAUGCCCCUCCGGGGCGCGACGCUGAAUUGACGACCACGGACAAUGAGGGGUGCUCGCGACGAGCUUAGACGGUAUACGGGCUACGAUGCUCGUUCGGAAUACAUGGGGACAUGUUCCAGCCGAGAUCUUCGGGGACGUUCAUGGGUCUUGAGUACACAGAUGUAGGUGAGAAGCGAAGAAGGAAGAAUCCAGGGUCGCAAGCUUUGAGCCUGAUUGAUUACUCGGCUGCUCGUCAAUGUGCUAUGUCAAUUUUGGUCAGGAAUGCGGUGAGUGCGCAGAACUCCUG